AUGUUCCAGUUAAUGAAGAAGCUGACAAUAUAACAGCUGGUGCAUUUUCUCGAAAGUGUUCGUUGGUGAGGGAAGUCUUUGAAAGGUGGAGAAAGCGUACAUCUACUCGGGUCAAGUGGUCUGAGGCCUGUCAACGGAGCGAUGCUUAUAGUCGGAAGGUUCAAAACGAACGCCUUACUCAGAGCACUGGGUAUUCGCCUGAGAACAAACGCAAGGCAAGACCUACUGAAUCGCAUACUCCUGUGAGGAAACGCAUGCGACAAAGACUGUCGGCUGAGUACAAGCCGCCACGUACAGAUGAAGAUUUGGCAAAAAGAUUUGAGAAGAAUCACGAGGAACACGAAAGAAGGUGGGCUAGAGGCUCUUUCCUUCGUACACUACAAGGUCGUGUUGAGAGAUUAGCGAGUGGUUGCGUGAUGCACUCUCGGUGGAGCGCGUGGUUGUCAUUGAACCCGGAGAACGAUGGUACGGCAAUCUGGUUGGAACAAAAGUUUAAUGUGCCUGCCUCAGGACAGUGGAAGAACGAGAGCAUCUUCCAGAUACCGAUAAAGCUACCUUCGGUCAAGAACAGCGACUCGAUAUUCCCAGGAUUAAUUGUCUUCGAAUGCACACCCCUGGAAGAAGUAAAGGAUGACUUGGAAAGAAAAUUUCGCAUUUUAGAGGACUGCACCCGUCUGCGAGAUGUAAUACAGGCUCUCCCACCUAAGCGCCAUUACAUGCCCUCUCUUUUGACAAUCUCGUGGUCAGAAAGCGAACAAAGCAAUUCGUUGUCUGAUCUGGCAGAAAUGAUUUCUACAAUGCUACAAGAGGGGGUACUACAUGCUCACUACAAACUGUCACUGUCGGCUGUUACCAAGGACCUGGACUCGAAGCUUGGCGAGGCAAUAGGACUCCUUUCUCUAGACGUCUCCGGUAAAUAUGUGCUAGGGAUGUCUUCUACAGAGCUGUUCGCGUCACUGCAACUAUCUCCGCAGAAUUUUGCGCUCAAGUGGUUAGAUCAGUGUCUCAUCGAUGAAGAAUUCAACUGGAACCUUCAUGGACAGAUGUUGGAAAUGUUUGUCGAUUAUCUCAACCGUACCUCUCAAGCGCGAUUAGACCUAUCAGCGGAGGGUCCAAAGAUUGAUGGUUUACCUCCAUUGAAUUUACGACAUAUCAGCGAUAGCAGGCAAACGUUCGACUCUAUUGAGGACUGGUUACAGCUUCCUCUGAUUCGAGAGGUUGCGAAUGAAAUACUUGAAGACGUCAAAUCGCAUAGAGAUAUGGGUCGAGAAUUUCCUUCGAGGAGUUUUAUACCUCAACUCUGCGAUCUUGCCCAGGACCAUGUCGGGCGCAUGCUAAAAAUUAAACCCACCGAGGUCCACUGCAUUCAGAAGGCUCAAUAUGCGGCUGUUUUGGAUGCUGUCAAGGAGUGGGGCCUAUCAUACGAGGAAAAACUUCAUGCGAUGUAUACGAUUCGACUGCGGCGAUCACCCAAGAGGCGUUCAUCCUUUGGUACAAGCAUAGCAAGCAGAUCGUCUACCCCUACGAAACGGAGACGUAUAUCUCUUUCUGAAGUGUCUACUAUUGGUGAUGACGAUACUUUGGGGGUCAAUGUCACCCCAAGCUACGCAUCUCUCCCAUUAAGUGCUGCCACCUCUCCUGCUCCCUCGGAGGAUCUAUCUACUCCAGUCACUGUUGCCAUGUUACGCACAUUGACGAAAAGCGUUAAAGCGAAGUAUAGUGGCAGCCCAUUGGCAAAAAAUUAGAUCUAUUUGGCAGUUUCAUGUGCUCAUACCGAUAACGUUGAUUUCGACCCUUUCAUACUUACAUGACAUUUGUCGUCACUUAUCCAUUUUGGUUUAUUGUAUGUUGCUAUCUUGUGUGUUCGGAAUAAUGUAUCCAUACCAAUCACUCUC